AUGUCCUUUACGUUUAUUUGCUUGGUUUUAGAAGAUGUUUUAGCGGAGUCUUUUUCCGUUAGGAUUGGAAAGAUCAAGUAUGUUGGGGAUCUUAAAAAUACAAUUAAAAAGUCGAAAUUCCCUGUUGACAACGAAGAAGAGCUUCAAAAUCUUACCUUACAAGAUAAUGAAGCGUUGGCUGGUGCAAGGGAGAUCAGACAUUAUUGGGACUCUACGCCACCCAAAAAAAAUAUACAUAUAAUCAUAAAGCCGCCUGCUACUGGCAAGUAUUACCAACCCCCAAUUAUCCAAACCUCUCCCUACCUUUCACAAGAUUCCAUCAAAAUUGAUGAAAUAUACAAAAAAAUUACUCAACCGGCUAUUGAAACUAUAUCCAUCUCCAAAGUCAGUUCAGAGAACUUCCGACUCUUUAAAUCUCAUCUUAAUUUCAAGCUUGAAACUGUCUUCUUCGAUAAUCUACCUACACCUAGUAAUGUAUCAAUACCAGCUUUUAAAUGGAUCGAGAAACAGUCGGAACCCGUAUAUAAGGAAGAAUAUAUGAAUUGGCUACGUGAAAACAUUCCUUUGACCGGUCAUCGUGUUUGGCAUGAUGUUGAAAAUAACAAACAAUUACUAAAUUAUAAGAACCCCAGGUUACCAUUUAUUAUUCAUGGUGGAACUGAUGUGGUUGUUGUAAAUGACUUUGAUAUAAAAGAGAGGAGACAUCUGAUGCAGGUCAUUUUGGAAAUGUUCGUUGCCGAUUCACUUACUUCUGAUGAUAGGAAAGUUUUUGGAAUCUUAUCAAACCUUAUAGACGAUUGGCACAUCUUAUGGUAUGAAGACAUGAAAAUAAAAAAUUGGGUGGCACCAAGUCGGGCUAUUGCAGUUGAGGUGAUAAGUAGGCUCUUAAGAGAUAGGUCUGGUGUCGAUAAUAAAAUAGAUUCAUCACUUGUGCUUAAGCUUGAAGUAAAUCCGAUUACGUUUAACGAAUUGACGAGACCCACCACACGUGACAUAUAUAUUUUCCACACGAUGCGGUAA